CCGCGCUGCUCCCGCCUGGGGCGCUGGGCGCCGCGGGAGGCGGCCCGGCCUGCGGGGCGGCUCGGGCUCGGCGGGAGCGCAGGGCGCCGCCGCGCCCCCCGGCCCCCCAACCCGCCGCACCCCGGGCGUCCCGUCCUUCUUCCCCACCGCGAGAGCUAAACCGCGUGCAGAAAAUAGCCAGGAGAUGUCCCAGAGCGGCGAUUAGUGUAAAUACCCUUGCCCAGGCACUGGCUGGUGAAGAGGUGCUGUGUUCUUGCUUCCACGUUGGCUGCUGUUGCGCAGAAGUAGCUUUGUUUUAGAGAUGAGUACAGAAGCAGAACAGCAGCUUCUCCAUGAUGCUAGAAAUGGAAACUCUGAAGAAGUUAAACAGCUUCUGGAUACCAUGGACAAAGGAGAAAUAAUCUUUAACAUCAAUUGUAAAGGCAGAAGUAAAUCUAAUUUGGGUUGGACACCUCUUCACCUUGCAUGCUACUUUGGACAUGCUGUUGUGGUAGAGGAUUUGCUGAAGGCUGGUGCAGAUGUGAACGUGCUGAAUGACAUGGGGGACACUCCACUCCAUCGUGCAGCUUUCACAGGGCGGAAGGAGGUGGUGAUGUUACUCUUGCAACGUAAUGCUGAUACUUCUAUUGUUAAUGGGAGUGGACAGACUGCAAAAGAAGUUACUCAUGAUAAAGAGAUAAGGAAUAUGUUGGAAGCAGUGGAAAGGACACAAGAAAGGAAACUGGAAGAAGAGCUCUUAGGAGCAGCAAGAGAGGGAGAAACUGGGAAACUGACUGCCUUGUUAAACAAGCCAAAACCACCUGAUAUCAACUGUACAGAUCAGAUGGGAAAUACACCAUUGCAUUGUGCAGCAUACCGUGCCCAUAAGCACUGUGCCUUAAAACUUCUGAAAAAUGGAGCAAAUCCCAAAAUAAGAAACAAAAAUGAUCAAACACCCCUUGAUCUAGCCCAAGGAGCAGAAAUGAAGCAGAUACUGGGAGGUAAAACUGGAAAGGUUAUCAACAAACCCCUGAGACGAUAUGAAGGUCUGCUGUGGAAGAGCUCACGAUUUUUUGGUUGGAAACUGUACUGGGUAGUACUAGAACAUGGAGUCCUUUCCUGGUAUCGGAGACAAGCUGAUGCAGUAAAUAAUGAUCAUCGUCAGGGAUGCAAGCAUCUAACACAAGCUGUCUGCACGGUAAAAUCUACAGACAAUUGCUUCUUUUCUGUCAGAUGUUUUGAUGACACUGUUCAUCGUUUCAAGAUCCCUAAAAAUAACACUCCUCCGCAAACUAGAGAGGGUUGGCUGGAAGCAAUAGAAGACCACUCUGCAUAUAGCACUCACUACUGCACACAGGAACAGCUGAGUAGUGAUGAUGAGGAAGAUGAUACAGUAUCUGUUACAGACCUUCAAGAAACUCUGAAAAAAGCACAGGCAUGCCAACAAAGACUCAGCAAAGAGAUUUCAGACUUCCUUGCAAUGGUUAAAUCUUUGGAUGCUACAAAAGGAAUAUCUUCUCCCCUCCUGCAAAAAAUUGAUGUGGUCUCUGAAGUAUCCCAGGAAACUUGUGAGGCCCUGGCUGACUGCCUUAACCUAUUCACAAAGCAGGAAGGGGUGAGGAAUUUGAAACUGGAGCAUGAGCAGGAGAAAAACAAGAUCUUGUCAGAAGCAUUAGAGACGCUAGCCACUGAACACCAUGAACUAGAGCAGUCUCUAGUGAAGGGAUCUCCGCCUCUAAGCAUCAUCAGUGAAGAACAGUUCUAUGAUGCUGUUUCAGAUUCAGAAUCUGAAAAAUCAUUAAGUGGGUUCGAGACAACAACAGCAUACUCAUUAGAGGACAGCAUGGAUUCAAAAGAUACAAUAACUUCAAGCAUGUCUGAAGAAAAAGUUUGUGGCAGUGGGGAGUCGCUGUCUAAUGGCAUCAAAAAACACAGAACAAGCUUGCCAUCUCCAAUGUUUUCCAGAAAUGACUUCAGUAUUUGGAGUAUCUUAAGAAAAUGUAUUGGAAUGGAGUUGUCCAAGAUCACAAUGCCAGUUAUAUUCAAUGAGCCACUGAGCUUUCUACAGCGACUUACAGAGUAUAUGGAGCAUACAUACCUCAUCCACAAAGCCAGCUCGCUUUCUAUUACGACUGAACGAAUGCAGUGUGUCGCUGCGUUUGCUGUGUCUGCUGUAGCCUCACAGUGGGAACGUACAGGGAAGCCAUUCAACCCACUGCUUGGAGAGACAUAUGAAUUAAUCAGAGAUGAUCUUGGAUUUCGACUUCUCUCAGAACAAGUUAGCCAUCAUCCUCCAAUCAGUGCUUUCUAUGCCGAAGGUUUAAAUAAUGAUUUUGUGUUUCAUGGAUCAAUUUAUCCUAAACUCAAAUUCUGGGGCAAGAGUGUGGAAGCAGAACCAAAAGGCACGAUGACUUUGGAGCUUCUUGAACACAAUGAAGCCUACACAUGGACAAAUCCUACUUGCUGUGUGCAUAACAUUAUUGUGGGCAAACUUUGGAUUGAGCAGUAUGGAAAUGUGGAAAUAACUAACCACAAAACUGGUGAGAAAUGUGUUUUAAGCUUCAAGCCCUGUGGCCUCUUUGGAAAGGAGUUGCACAAAGUUGAAGGCUACAUUCAGGACAAAAGCAAAAAGAAACUCUGUGCACUGUAUGGGAAGUGGACUGAGUGCUUAUACUGUGUUGACCCAGCUACAUUCGAGGCUUACAAAAAAAAUGACAAGAAAAAUGCAGAAGAGAAGAAAAGCAGUAAACAGGUGGGCAAUACUGAGGAACCAGAUGAGAUGCCAUUGCCAGAUUCUGAGAGUGUUUAUGUUAUUCCUGGAAGUAUUUUGCUAUGGAGGAUAACUCCAAGACCUCCAAAUUCAGCACAGAUGUACAAUUUUACUAGCUUUGCUAUGGCUUUGAAUGAGUUGGACAAAGAAAUGGAGAGUGUCAUUCCCAAAACUGACUGCCGGCUACGACCAGAUAUCAGAGCCAUGGAAAAUGGUGAAAUAGAUCUAGCUAGUGAAGAAAAGAAGAGGCUAGAAGAAAAACAGAGGACUGCUCGCAAAAAUCGUUCCAAGUCAGAGGAAGACUGGAAAACGAGAAGUAGUAGCUUCAUUGAAGGAGGGGAACAUUCUCCUGACCGAUGGUUCCAUCAAGGCCCCAAUCCCUACACUGGUACACAGGACUGGCUUUAUUCUGGCAACUACUGGAACAGAAACUACUUUAACUUACCUGAUAUUUAUUAAAAUGCAAUAAGGAGCCUGUGGCUGAUGAACAUAAGUCUUAAUCUGUUUUAAUGUUUUCCCUUGUUUUACUUAUCUCCUGAAACAAAUGAAAAGUUAUCAAACAGAAUAUUAAGCAUCUCCACAGUAAAUCUGGUGGUACAUGAACUACAGUCCCUUAGGGACGGGAAAUAUUAUUUCUGGCUGAUGGUGGGUCCUGCGUGGACAAAAUUAGUAAGUUGCUGUGGUUUAGUGCUGCCCUGUUUGCUGAAUACACCUGUAUUAGGUUGUGGUGUAUGAGGAAUAGAACACCUUAAGCUGUUCUGUGAAUACUUUCUUUCAUAGAUAACACUGGCACAAGUAAAACUUGUUUUAUUUAUUGUGAUAUGGGAAUGUUUGAAAGCACACACAGUAAUUGGAAUAUUCUGUGCUUUAAGCAAAAAAAAAAAAAAAAAAAAGUGUCACUUUUGUAAAGAUGUAAUUUUUCAUAAAGUGACUUUUCUUUUACUAAGUUAACUAACUACCUGGAAUCCUGAGCUCUGGUCAGAGAGAGUCUGGAAGUGUUCCCAUCUCUGGACCAUUCAUGCAGUUGUUUAAGCUGGUAACAUUACUCAGAGGUAUUUAUUCAAUGUUUUGUGCAGUGCAUUCUGAAUUUUGCUCUCCUGUUUUGUUACCAACCUUAUGGUUUUAAGGAAUUAAGAGCCAUUUAAAUAUCUGCAAGUUUGAUUUGAACUGCACACUAGUCACAGGUUUUUAAAGAAUCUGUUCAAUGCACUAGAAGUUCAGGUGCCCAGCACCGCUGCAAAAAGGCAAGAACCGAAUCAGUCCAGACCCAGUGGAACAUUGUGGGGGAUAGGACCUGUGUAUGCACUGUACAGACUCCUUGGGAGGAAGUCUUGUGCAUUUCAAAGAUAGUAAUGCACCUCAGUGAGGCCUCCUGUGCACAGCUGCUUUACCCCUUUUCAUUGGGGUGCUUUAUGUCUUGGAGUGUAAGUUUAUACUGCACUGUGUAUAGAGCUUCUAGAGGGCUAGCUGCUCUUUGUACAAUAUUUUAACUGCUGUCUGGAGGUUAGUGUUAAUUGAAUAAUUUAAUCGCUACUAAAUAAAGGCUUCAGAACUUCUCGAA